AUGGCAUCAUCGCAGUCAGCUUCUGUCGUGGUGAGAGACGGGGCGAACUUUGAGUUCCAAGUCCGAGACGUUCCCAUUCCAGAGAUCAAACCCAGCGAGAUCCUGGUGAAGCUCUCAGCGACCGGCGUCUGCGGAACAGAUCUCGGUCUCGCGGCCGGCUACCUGGGUCCCAGCUGCGAUAUUCUGGGCCAUGAAGGUGUCGGCCGCGCCGUCGCCGUGGGCGCCGCCGUCGACCCAGCCAUCGCCAAGGUCGGCGACCGCAUCGGCGUCACCUGGGUCCGCGACGCCUGCGGCCGCUGCUUCUCGUGUCGCGAGCCUGGCGGCGAGACGCGGUGCCUCGAGCAGCUCAACUCGGGACGCAAGAUUGACGGCACCUUCGCCGAGUACUGCGUCGUCCCAGGGCGCUUCGCGCUCGUGUUGCCGGAGGAUCCGGCGCUGCCUGACGAGCUCGUCGCGCCCGUGCUCUGCGGGGGCGUCACGGCGUACAAGGCGCUGAAGAUUUGCGGUGCGACCCCUGGCCAGUGGGUCGUCAUUUCUGGUGCCGCUGGCGGCGUCGGCGCCCUCGGCAUCCAGUACGCCGUGGCCAUGGGCUACCGCGUCGCUGCCAUCGACGUGGGUACCGAGAGGAAAGAUUACUGCCUUGGGCUCGGGGCCGAGAUCUAUCUCGAUGCGCUGUCGAAGGAUGUGGUUCAACAGUUGAAGGAUGCCACGGAUGGCGCUGGAGCCAAAGCCGUCAUCGUGUCGUCUGGGUCGGGCGCGGCGUACCAGGCGGGCCUCGCCAUGCUGGCCAUGUUUGGGACUCUUGUGUGCGUUGGCAUCCCGCCGCCGGGUCAAGGGCUGGACUUGCAUCCUCUAGUUGUCAUCGACAACAGUAUCACGAUCAUCGGCAGUGCUGUGGGGACUCGGACAGAUGUUAUUGAGGCUCUCGAAUUCGUGAAGAGGGGGCGCGUCAAGCCGUUAGUGAACCUCGUCAAGCUUGGGGACCUUGACCAGGUCAUUCGCAAAUUGGCAACGACCACCGGAAAAUAUGUCGUCAAGCUUUGA